GGUGUUUCACUGCGGAGUUAAACGUUCACCUAUUUCCCGAGGUGCGUAAAACACAGUCGCGAUAAAAUAUCCUGUCCCGUUUCUAUAUAAUCGUGUAAACGGGCUGCGGAAAUCGUAUAUUGUCAUGUUUACGAGGUACAUCCAAAAACCGGAAAUCAGCGUUAAUUACUGCGAAAAGCUUGUUUGGUUUUCCCAGAGUCAAUCCCAAAAUAUAUCCUCGCAGUAAAAUCCAGUAAAGCUUUCGCUUUACUUUCAAUUUCGAAUUCUCAUGCAAUCGAACCCGCUAUUAAAAAACGAUUAUUUUUCAAGCUCUCCGAAAAACAAGUCGCGUUGCGAAAAAAAACAAACUCGCUGAUACGUGCGACGCGUUUAGGCGCCGACGACUUCCCCACCGUACGUACGGCAGUGGCAGAUUGCCACCGCGCGAUCUGAAUUAGCGCGAGCUUGCAGCGACGAGAAGCAUUGCUCCGAGAGUAUCUGUACAAAGAGGUUCGCACUCGAGCGCGGCUCUCUCUCUCUCUCUCUCUCUCGCGCUGAUUCAAUCUUUGAGAAUUUCGAGCGAGCUUGCAGGGCACAAAGGUGUCAGCUGCUGUCGAAACUGAGAUGUAUCUAACGCGAACUGCUCAAUACGCUCUGAGACUGUCUCUCACACAGCCAGCUGGACCCGCGGCACCGGUGUUCCGGCGCAACAGCGUCGACCGAGGAACUGCUUCGGCGGUCGUCCUCGCCACUGCUGGACUUUCCAUGAGCAUGUUUUCACUGGUUCAGAUGCAAUCCUCCUCGACGAACCACAAUCGACUUCGUCGCGUUCAGUAACAAUAGGUGACGACGGCCAAUUCAACGCAGAAAAUCAGUCUAACGUAUCAUCUCUCAAGAGUCGACGCAUUAGGCUACUACGAAAAUAACAGAUCAAAGUCCUCGCGAUCGAAUUGAACAGGUUUUGCGUCAGCGUUUUCUUGUGCGGCAGCUAUACUGUACGAUUUGUUAUGAUUUUUUGCUCGCCUCUAUAACAGCGACGACAUGCACAAGAUAUGCAACACCGAUAACUUCAGUUACAUAGAGUGUAGCACGUGGUUUAGGAUAGCGACGACACAUGCUUAGGUGAAUUUUUCAAUUGAUUUCUUCAAAAUUUUUAUUUAUCGUUCAUCCGGUUCGAUUGCUGUUAGGCACGCGCGUUGUGCGGUUUAUGCUGUAUGUCCUAGCUUCAUGUUUUAACAAUAUGAAACAUCGAUGUAAUCAUGACAGUGUAGAUUCGACAUACUAAGUUGCACAUGUAAUCGAAAGCGAAAUUUCACACCCGAGUAUUAUUUAUUACGGUACACUUAUGAAUUCCGGUUAUUCAUUUUAGGAAUACAAUUACGUGUACGCACUUAGGAACUCUUUAUCUAUAUACGCAGAAGGUACUCUCGAGAUGCGCGAAAACCGCCGUUUGAAAAUGUGCAUGUUCGAUAGGAAUAUAAUGGACACGCAUAAGAAUAUUUUAACUCGUAAUCGACGUUUAUAUGGAUACCGAUGUGGGGGAUAUUGCUAUCGAAUUCAGGAGGGCAAUAUUUUGACUCCAGGACUUUCAACGUAUUAUUUUAAACAAUUUUGAAGCCAACUAAACUGUGAAGUUUUUCAAAAGUGCCAAAAGUCCUGGAGUCAACCAAAAAAAUUGUAAAAUGCUUAUGUGGCGGUGACUGUUUGUGAUUAUCGAAAUAAACACGUUAUAUCAUUAGAUCGAA